CUAGUGCGUCACUUCCGGUCGACGGCGGAAGGCGGAGAGGUCCCUGUAUCCCGACCCGCGGGAUCUGCCUUCUAGUUGUUAGUCGCCGACCUGGAGCCCGGCGCGUCCAGAUGCCGAACCCGCAGUUUCUGGUGCUCUUUGGCAGCCAGACAGGCACGGCUCAGGAUGUGUCGGAGAGACUGGGUCGCGAGGCCCGGCGCCGGCGGCUUGGCUGCCGGGUGCAGGCCCUGGACUCCUACCCGGUGGUGAAUCUGAUUAACGAGCCCCUGGUGAUAUUUGUUUGUGCAACUACAGGCCAAGGAGACCCCCCUGACAACAUGAAGAACUUCUGGAGGUUUAUAUUCCGGAAGAACCUGCCCACCACCGCCCUCUGUCAGAUGGAAUUUGCCGUCCUGGGCCUCGGGGACUCCUCAUACACCAAGUUCAACUUCGUGGCCAAGAAGCUGCACCGACGGCUACUGCAGCUUGGGGGCAGUGCCCUCUUGCCCGUGUGCCUGGGCGAUGACCAGCAUGAGCUGGGGCCCGACGCUGCUGUGGACCCCUGGCUGCGAGACUUGUGGGACAGGGUUCUGAGUCUGCUCCCACCGCCUCCGGACCUUGCCGAGAUCCCUCCUGGAGUCCCCCUGCCCUCCAAGUUCACCCUGCUGUUCCUCCAAGAGGCGCCCAGCAUGGGCUCUGAGGGGCAGCAGGUAGCUUACCCCGGCUCUCAGGAGCCCCCGUCAGAGUCGAAGCCCUUCCUAGCACCCAUGAUCUCCAACCAGAGAGUCACUGGCCCCUCCCACUUCCAGGACGUUCGGCUGAUUGAGUUUGACAUCUCGGGCUCUGGCAUCAGUUUUGCUGCUGGCGAUGUGGUGCUGAUUCAGCCCUCCAACUCGGCUGCCCAUGUCCAGCAGUUCUGCCAGGUGCUGGGCCUGGACCCUGACCAGCUCUUCACGCUGCAGCCACGGGAGCCAGAUGUCUCCUGCCCCACGAGGCUGCCCCAGCCCUGCUCCAUGCGGCACCUCGUGUCCCACUACCUGGACAUCGCCAGCGUGCCUCGCCGCUCCUUCUUCGAGCUCCUGGCCUGUCUAUCCCUCCAUGAGCUGGAGCGGGAGAAGCUGCUGGAGUUCAGUUCUGCCCAAGGCCAGGAGGAGCUCUUUGAAUACUGCAACCGGCCCCGCAGGACCAUCCUGGAGGUGCUCUGUGACUUCCCGCACACAGCUGCUGCCAUCCCUCCUGACUACCUGUUGGACCUCAUCCCUGCUAUCCGGCCGAGGGCCUUCUCCAUCGCCUCCUCGAUGCUGGCUCACCCCUCACGGCUGCAGAUCCUCGUGGCUGUCGUGCAGUUCCAGACUCGCCUCAAGGAGCCCCGCCGGGGGCUCUGCUCCUCCUGGCUGGCAUCCCUGGACCCUGGGCAAGGUCCUGUCCGGGUGCCCCUCUGGGUGCGGCCUGGGAGUCUGGCCUUCCCACAGACACCAGACACGCCCGUGAUCAUGGUGGGGCCUGGCACUGGGGUAGCCCCCUUCCGAGCAGCCAUCCAGGAGCGUGUGGCCCAGGGCCAGACCAGAAACUUCUUGUUUUUUGGCUGCCGCUGGCGGGACCAAGACUUCUACUGGGAGGCGGAGUGGCAGGAGCUGGAGACUCGGGAGUGUCUGACCCUUGUCCCUGCCUUCUCCCGGGAACAGGAGCAGAAAGUGUACGUGCAGCACCGGCUCCGGGAGCUGGGGUCGCUCGUGUGGGAGCUGCUGGACCGCCAGGGCGCAUACUUCUACCUGGCAGGCAAUGCCAAGUCCAUGCCAGCGGACGUCUCGGAGGCCCUGAUGUCCAUCUUCCAGGAGGACGGCGGACUCUGCAGCCCCGAUGCAGCCGCAUAUCUAGCCAGGCUCCAGCGGACACAGCGCUUCCAGACCGAGACGUGGGCCUGAGGCCCGAGGCUGCCCGUGCCCCCUCUGAUGGCCAUCCUCCUGGGAGCCCAGGAAGGCAUCCACGAGGGAGCUCCUGGCCAGCAGCCGUCGUCUUCUCAGACCAGCCAGCUGGUCCUCUGGGAACAGCCAGCUCCCGAGCACAGCCACACUCCCGUUGACUCUGGAUCCCACCCUUUGAACCCUGACCCCACUGCAGCCUCUGCCCAGCCAGUCCUCCCCUCCCACACCCUGACAGUGAGCUGUGUCCUCGUCCCCCCUACCCCCUUCCCAGUCAAGGUGGUGGCCUGGGCCUCUUCACUUCACCAGUGAAGUGACCCAGGACGGCAUCAGCAGCCCCAUGGGCACCAGGGGUGGCAUAGGGCACCCAUGAGGCCGCACUGCGCUCCUCUGCCCUGGGGCCACCUCAGCCGCUGCAGCCUGCCAAGCAGCACAUUCCAGUCACUGCCCCCGCACCUCCACAGGGCUCAGGCUGUGCUCAGACGCCACUAAGAUGCCAGCUCCCUGAGAGCAGUGGGGGUGUCCCAGGCCAGAGCAACGUGUUCUCUCCUGGUCCCAGAAAAGCCCUUGCAGUAAAUGGUGGCCUCUGAGUGGCUGCUUCUAGCACAGGCUUCUUUCCUCUAGCUCCUCCUGGUGCCCUGGGUGCUGGGUGGGUGGGUGCCAUGGUGCACCGUUGCUGGGCUGCCUGUACCCCAGUGGCCUCUGCAGCUCUUCUGUCUGUCUCUAAUGUGAUAUGCGCCCUGACUGCCUCGUUCUCAAGGGCUUGGUGGGUCGGCUAAGGUCUGAUCGCCAGGACCAGAUUCUGGGCAGGUGCUGGGAAGGUGUAGCCAAGCCGUCCCUCAGUCCUACCAGGGAGCCGAGGCUGCCGGAAAGAGGAGCGGCGGGAGGGGGCGUGGUAGGUGCAGGCCCGCCCCUGGGAGGGGUUUUAGGCACUGGGAAGAAAAGUCCUGUUGGAGGAGUCCGGCGGCUGUUCACACCCGCCUCGCUGUCUCGGAGUCGCUAUCUGUGGUCGGCGGGUCGCUGGCACAGGACUAAACAUGGCUGAGGCUGGGUUCCAGCCAGAUCUGACUGGGGACGGCACCAUGUGGGCCCAGGAUCCACCCAGAGCAGGCAGGCCUUGCUGGGGCCCCAGUAAAAUCCAAUUCCAGUGAAGAGAGCCAGCCGGGAGGUCAGUGCCAGAGCCCUGGUGGAGCCCAGACCCUGCUUCCCCUUGAGGGCUGCCCCUGUUGCCACCCUGGGGUCCCUGCCCUCCUAUCCUGACUCCUGCCCCAGGGCUACCACCCCUGAACUGUGCCCUGGGGCCCCCACCCUCCACCCGGCCGACUCCAGCUCUGGGCCUAUCAGUCCACCUGGACCUUUUCUGGGCUUUGAGUGCUUGGACCCUGUGUGCCAAGUGCCAGCAAGUGAAGGGAAUGACCUUGGGCCCCCCCAAGGUGCCGAGACUCCAGCCAGUGAGCCCCUGCUGGGGGCCGUGGCCAUGGAGGGUGCCUGUGCCCUUCCAACUUGGAAGGAGGAGCGGAGAGAACAGGCAGUGGGGCAGGGGGAAGAGGAGGAGUGUCCAAUCUGCACAGAGCCUUACGGGGCCGGAGAGUACCGCCUGGCCUUGCUGAACUGCGGCCAUGGCCUGUGUGCGGGCUGCCUGCACAGGCUUCUGGGCUCGGCCCCCAGUGCCGACCUGGGCCGGGUGCGCUGCCCGCUGUGCCGUCAGAAGACGCCCAUGCUGGAGUGGGAGAUCUGCCGACUGCAGGAGGAGCUGCUACAGGCCGACGGGCCCUCACACCAGCCCCGCCGAGAGACCCCUGUACCCCAGCACCGCAACCCUGGGCCCUGGGGGUCCCUGGAGCACCGCUACCACCUGCGCUUCCUGGCAGGGCCCGCGGGCAGCCGGGGCUGCCUGCCCUUCCUGCCCUGUCCACCCUGCCUGGGUGCCCAGCUCUGGGCCCUGCGGGAGCGGGGACCCUGUGCCCGCCGCCUGGUGCUGCUGAGCCUGCUGGCCCUUGAGCUGCUGGGGCUGCUGCUGGUCUUCACGCCACUCGUGCUGCUGGGGCUGCUUUUCAUGCUGCUGGACCGCUCUGGCCGCUGAGCAGAGCCCAGGACAACCCUGACGCCAACAGGCCAGGGGGGCCCAGACUGACCCACGUCCCCAUGCCUGGGUGCUGUGAGGCCUGAUGACCAGACUGAAAAACCCAAGGUUGGGUCCAGGGCAGUGGCCUUCAAUCAAGACCUCCCAUUGCUGAACCCACGACCAGGGCUACCCAGGAGCCUGACCCUGCCAGAGUCCAUGGCUGUACUGCUGCCCAGACACUAACUGAACCCAAGGACACUGGUGCCCAAGGACAGCUUCUGGAGGAGGCUGGCCCAGCAGGAAGGUCUGCGAGCAGGGCCCCAUUCACCUUGCAGUAGAUGGGCACCAUACUGGCCAUGGGCCGAUGCUGGCCGCACUUACCCUUCCGAGGGCCAGCCAGGCACAGCAGGCAUGAAAGUGAACAGAGAUACAGCAGUGAGUUCCUUGGAGAGAGCAGGGACUCCACCCACUUUGUGUUCAGAUAAGGGCCAGCCGGGGGAGGGGCCCAUGCUGCGAAAAUUCAGCCUGCAAAGGCUCCUCUCCCCACCUGGUCAGGCCUGGACUAGCUGGGGGUCGGUGCUGGCCUUUGUUGCAGGGGAUGAGGGCCCAUCCAGACCUUGGAACAUAAGCACCAGGCCCAGCUCUGCCUCUGCACACCCUCAUGUCACCACGCCUGGGAUGGAGACAUCGGUGGCCCAGCGAGAGAUGGAGCACUGAGCCUCGAACGUGAAGCAGCUUUCAAUAAACCAGCUCCUGGGGA